CCAAUAUUUGUAACUGUUUCGAUUGGCAUUUUUUCCAAGUAGCCCAUUCAAAAAACAUCCGUGAAUAUUUUCUACAGCAAAGCUCAAAAAUCAAGUCACACUAUUAAAUGCUCCACAAACAUAUUUAGUUUUGAUUAGAAUUUUUUUUUUAAGUUGCAAGUAGGAUUUCUCUCUACUAACAAUGUGUUCCACCGGCGGUGAGCGCGCCAAGCGAAUUCAUGAAUCGGGAAGGGUUUGUCGCGAAUUGUUGUAUCUGAGAUCGAAGGUGCCUGUUCGAGAAGUACCUGCCUUUACUUAUCAGGCACUUCAACCUAACACUGUGGUGAAGCCACCUCCAAAGAUCGACAUCUUCAAGCGAAAGCCAGUGAAGGAGACCGUAUUCAAGAUCUACUUCAAUCGCGGAGACAUUCCGUGCGUGAUGUCCGGAAGGAGCAGCAAACAGGAUCCCACCAAGGAGCGUCCGGUGAAGUGGCACUGUGUGCCGGAGAAUCUCGACUAUUGCUACUACCUACCGAUCUUUGUGGAUGGACUGGCGGACAUGGACUCGGACACCCGGUUGCUGGCGGUGAAUGGAGCCAUCGAUCUCAUCAUGAGGUCACCCAAAAAAGUUCUGCCCGUGCUGCCCAAACUGAUCCUUCCACUAAAAAGAGCCUUUCAAACUCGCGACAAGCGAAUCAUCAUCUCCGCCCUUCAAGUCAUUCAGUUGAUGGUUCGAUUGGGUCCUUGUGUGGGACAGGCGCUUGUACCCUUCUAUCGCCAAUUGUUGGCCGUUUGUAAUCUCUACAAAAAUAUCAAUGUGAAUCUGGGCGAGGGAAUCGAUCCCGAUCGCAACUGUCGCAUCGGUGACGUCAUCGAGGACACCCUGAAGUUAUUGGAGUACUGCGGAGGUCCCAACGCCUUUAUAAACAUCAAAUAUAUGGUGCCCACCUACGAAAGCAGUGUUUUCCCAAAAUGCGAAGCUCCCGAACCACGGGAUCCCUAAGUCUUUUGUUUUUUAGUUGACUUUUUCAGUUGACUAACUUUUGCGGAAAAUUUAAACUACGAAAUUAAAGUUUGUGAAUCUUCAAAUCGAUGAUGAGUAAAGACCAAAUUUCUGCCUUAAUUUUCUAUGAAAAAUAAUAUAAUAUAAAUAAAAUAAAUAAUAAUAAUUCACAAAGCAUA